UUUUCGUCGAUGGGACUGUGCUGAUGAAUAUAUAUUUGUAUACGUAGAUAUUAUCGAUAGCGUAGAAUCCAAGGAAUUCACUAAGGGCAGGUAAAAUUAGGAGGGCUUCGAGCACUCUCUGAAAUGUCCCGACAUGAAGGCGUUAGCUGUGAUGCGUGCUUGAGAGGAAAUUUUCGUGGACGACGUUACAAGUGUUUAAUAUGCUAUGAUUAUGAUUUGUGUGCUGCAUGCUAUGAAGUAGGAGCAACCACCACAAGACACACGACUGAGCACCCUAUGCAGUGUAUUCUAACUAGGUCAGAUUUUGAUUUGUAUUAUGGUGGUGAAGCGCUUAGUGUAGAGCAGCCGCAGGCUUUCACGUGCCCAUAUUGUGGGAAAAUGGGCUUUACUGAAACAACAUUGCAAGAGCAUGUUGCCUCAGAACAUUCAGAAACGUCUUUCGAAGUGGUUUGCCCAAUAUGCGCAUCCCUACCUGGGGGUGACCCAAAUUUGGUUACUGAUGACUUCGCGGGUCACCUAACCUUAGAGCAUCGCAGUGGACCUCGGGACCUGAUAUCCUUUCUCGAUGAACCAACAGGAUCAAGGCAUGGAGUACGGAGGAUACCACACUCAUCACGUGGCGUUGGAGGACCUAGAGCUAGAAGAUCGAACAUGCACUUCAGCUCAUCUGGUGGAUUAUCUUCACUUUCACCUUCAAGCCGAGAAAGUGUCGACCCAAUAGCAGAACUCCUGUCCCAGCUGUCUGGAGUGCGCCGUUCAGCAGCUGGGCCUGGUUCCACGCCUUCACAGCUCCAGCAGCUGCAGAUGCAGCUGCAGUUGGAGAGGCAGCAGGUGAGGGCUGCACGACAACAACUGGAGCGGUUACCUCGGAGGCAAACACAAACGGCUUCAUCAGCAAAUACUGGUGGAGCGGGAUCUUCGGGUUCAGGUGCAGCUGGAACCACGACAACAGGAAAUCCUGCUGCGUCAUCAGAGUCAAAAGCUCAGAAUUCUCAUAACAGCUCUCAGUUCCUGCUUUCUAGAUGCUUCAAUCCACAUCUGACAGAUGCGGAGCUCCAAGUUUUGGAACGAGAAAGGGCAAAUCGUAGCCUCUUUGUGCAGGAAGUUGUUUUAUCAUCAAUUGUCGAAGAAGCGUCGAAGCUGUCCUUGACGGGAAAAGGUGCCGAAGUGAUAGGAGUACGGAAAGAAAGUGAAGAAAAAGCUGCUGCUGAGGAAGAGUGUGUAACUUUGAAAACAUCAGCUGGUGCCCCAUUAGAUAAUACAAAAAAUCUCUCGGAAGGAGAGGGGAGAAGCACGGACUCCCAAGGGAUAACUGCGCCUCAGCAGCCCGUUGGACAGGGUCAUCAGCCUGCACCUGUGGCAGCUGCACAGGUUUCUACCUGUAUGCCCCACACAGUGCGCCAUCGAGAGCACCUACUACAGCAGCAAGUUGUUAAGCAGCAUCAGCAUCUUCUCCCACAGGCCCAGCAACAACCGCAGCCUGUCCCAGGAACAGUAAGGCGUGCUGCACCAACUGUUGCUAGAGGCCCUGCUCCAGUGCUGACUCGACAGUCGGUGCCGCCACCUCCGCAGCGAGUGCAAGUGGUCCCGACAGUACGGGUUGUGACAGGCACUGGCACAGUUAGGGAAGUUGCCCCAUCCCCUCUCCUUUCAGUGGCUGCAGCUCUUCCCGUACCAGGUGCUCGAGGCGGCGCCUCUUCCCCUGCUCCUUCUCGUAGGAAGCCUGUUCGACCGGGAACUGGCAGUAGCACGGGAGCCACAGAAGCUAGUGCAGGCACUAGGAAUCGUUCUGCCGAACCCCCGCCACCUCGUUAACAAAUGGCUAUUGGUCCUGUAUCUAGUCCAGCUGCUUAGAAUUAAAUUCCACUGUUAAUUCAUUGGAUCCUUCAUUUAUUUGUAAUUAUAUUUUGCCAUCUGUGUACAAACUGUGUGAAAGUUGGUGAGUCUGACAUAAAGAGACAUCCUCUUGUUCUUCGUGGGAGUCAGGAUAUCUAUUUGUUGACUGUGACCAUGGUCACUCAUUAGUCUGUCACAGUUUUUGCUAAAUUUUAAAAGCAAAUAUAUAUUCAGCAGUCUCAGAUCUUUGUAUUAAAGAUUUGAAUUAUUGUGACAUUCUUACAUUUGGGGUAGGGUUCUGUUGUAUAUUGUUAUAUAUAUGUAUAUGACUAUAUAAGUAAGUCGUAACUAAACCUUGAUAUAUAUGUUAAUAUACUUGGUAAUAAACACCUUGGGCAUGUCAGUCUGACCAGCUUUUGCAGACUGUUGUAAAAUAGCUUGUGUGUGCGCUGUGUGUGUGUACUUGAAUCUGCAAGAUGUGGAUGUGCGUGGUAGACUGUUGAGAAUGAACUGAUCUUGUUUUCCAUAAAUACAAAUGUAAAAUAUCUUUUUUUUUUUUUCAGACAUAGUCUUUGUUAAGGCAAAGAGAGAAGUCCUAUCCAUUUUAUUUCCUUUUUUCCCCCCCUACCUUUAUUAUUUUGUAAUCUCUUCUGUGAUUUAUUGCACAGAGUGCUUUACAGUUCUGGCACACUCAUAGACUGUUAAUUAUUCAUGUGAGGGAUUAAACUUUGCUCUCUGUUAAAUGCAGAUGUGUAACUAUUAACAGGUCUAACAAAUGAAUUUCUGUAACAAUCUCAUGAAAUCUAUUUAGGUGAGCACCGUGCAUCAGAUUUUAUAGACUUUUUUCGAUUAAUAUGGGCAUGUGCUGCUGCAGUAGUAGUCUUUAUUGCCACAUUUUAUUUGUAUUUGCUGUAAUUAAAUCAAUUAAGCCCUAUAAAAAAAUGUGCUUAAACUUUAUUGUUUGGGAGGACAGAUAACAGUUCAGAGUAAUUUUGUCUUUUUGUUUUGACAUCUCACUGGUUAAUAAAGCUGUCAUACAAUUGGGAGUGUUUGUUUUAGUAAUAUUAUCAUCACACUUCUGUGCAACCAUCCUGAAUAACUUGUAAAGACAUUAUGCACAACUGCCGUUUGGUUUUGUUCUGUAAUUUAUUUUGUGCAGUUACUACCUAAAAGUGUUAUCUUUGUUACAUUAAUACUUGGUUAAGAGUAUACCCAAGUAAUAUCAGCAUAAUGAUGGUGGAACAACUCGGAUUUGUAAUGCAUCAUAUAUCAUUAUAAAUACAAUAUUUAUUAUCUAUUAGGUUUAAUGUUGUAAACAGAUGCCAGACUUCUUUAGAGUAAUGUGGAAUAUAUGUUAUAUGCUUCUUUUUUUAUUAAAAUGUGUCAAAACUUGAUGAAAAGUUUUCACUUCAUAAGAUGAGUAGCAUUAUUAGAACUAUUGGAUCAGGUAGUAUGUAAAAUUUCUUUUGGUAUAUUGGAAGAUAUCACUGUGAUAAAAUAUAAAUGCAGCACACAGCUGGUUUUCUUAUCUAAAGUACUGCACUAUUAAUUUGUCACAGCAAAUUGCUUAUUAAGCAUGAAUAUCGGAGAGCAUUUUUACCAAAAUCAUGCAUGUAAUUGUCUGUACCAGACAGUCUCCAUUAUAUACUGUUUGAUGCAGCUCAUAUAGCAGUUGCGUAAAGAAAAUUUGUGCCCAGAUCAAUAUUUCUGGAGCUACUGAUGUUGAACUUAACCAGUGAAAUACAUAAUAACCCUCUGCACUAUUCCAAAAUAUGAUUGUAACUCUGUUCAGUUUCCUUUCAGCCCCUUUCAUUAUUGAGAUUUGCUUUACAAUAGUUAUACAAUAAAUAUGUAUAGAAGAUAUAGUGAGGCUAGAAAUAAAAAUUUAAGGAUUCUGAUACAGCUUAGCUCCAGGAUAUUUGAAUUACUUACUAAAGGUUAUGCAUAAAUUGCAUAAUACUAAUGACCUUAAAGUAAAAAUGAAAAUAAAUACUUUUUGGUAAGAAACCUAGCAUUCCUUAAUCUAUAGCAUAUGAUUUGGUCAUUUUUCUGUUUUGUGGUUGGAGUUGUGUAUGUUUAAAAAGAAUCAAUUGAUGUAAUUUAAGGUUCACACAUAUAUGUCAGCUGCUGAACUGACUAUGAUGCCCACUUGCUCAUUUUAUUGAAUUUUCACUGCUUUGUCUGUGAGUGUAUCCAAGGGGAUUUGUGCUUUUGAAUGAAAAGACAGUUUCUCUCUCUCUCUCUCUCUCUCUCUCUCUCUC